AAAAAAUUCGAAUAAAUGUGACAAAGGUUUGGAAGUGGAAGAUACGGAUUCGGAGCUGAGUAAUGACGCCAUGGCCACUCGUAGCCAAGCUAAAAUGUCUCUUCUUGGCAGUACCUCUUUCUGCUGUGCCUCGGGUCAAAAGGAGGACUAUAUACACGACGCAAAGUUGGUACCAGCUUCUAGACCGCCGAAGAAAAAACCGCCAAAUAUCGUUGCCAAGCGAGAACCUGGACCAGAUCCGUCCACGCCAAGCAGCCCGCUGGUCGCGGCUGGGAAAGGAUACUUAGGGAGAAAUCGGCGGAUGAAGGUUAAUCAGGACAGCCUAGAUGAAUUACACGUUCCUGAAUGUGAAAACGGAGCUGGCAAAUUAAGUCAAGAAGAUAUUAAAGUCCGCUCUAAUAACCAUCUUGGCGACAGCCGGCUGCGUCCUCCUGAUGACAGAAGAAGACUGACCCCACCUUCCCCUCAACGUCGCCUGCCAAGAGAUCCAGCCGUUACAAGGAAAGACCAAAUUGAAUCUCGGAGGCAAAUAGAUCCCUCGCGGAAGUUAAGAAGAGACAAUACCAAUCCAUGUGUUCCUAGCAAAACCACCGAUUCUUACAAGAAGUGCAGUAAACACGGAAAUGAUGCUCCUGGCGCAUCAACUUCUUCUAAUCAGAAAAUAGCUGUGGUUGUGGAUGAGAAACCCUUUUGUGAUGUAAAAGUCGAUGUAUGUUUAGAGAAUUAUCUCGCUGGACAUGGCUCCAGAGGUACGCAACAAGACAUGGUCUGUCAGCAAGAAACUCCGAUUUUGAAAUCGGAUAAUGUGGUCAUACAGUGCAAUGAAAGAUUUAUGAACAAGUCGCACGAGAGUGACGACUUCGACUGUCCUUGCUGUGACAGAACAUCAGCUAUGAUUGAUGAAACAGGUGUGUCCGAUACUGAGUUAAAUAUGUUUACGAGUUGUGAUGUCAUCCCAUCGGUUUUGCCAUCGUCCGAUGAAGUUAUGAGGAAUACUGAAGGACACUGUGAUACGGUGAGAAUUUUGAUGGCGAAGAAGU